AUGUCAGCAAGUUCAAAAGAUGGACCAAUAGUCAAUUAUAAUGGAGAGAUUUACACACAAGAUGAUAACAUAUAUAUCAAAAAGGAUGAUCAGUCGAAGAAUAUAAUUUUAUGUUUUGAUGGUACCGAGAAUGAAUUUGGCCCGAAACCGUUUACUAAUGUCCUUAAAUUGUUUAGACUUUUAGAAAGAGACAACAAAAAUCAGUUAUGCUAUUAUCAACCAGGUAUCGGAUCAAGUUAUCAUGCUGAUUUAGAUGAUUCAUUUGAAAGAAGUUUUAAAAGCACAACUUUGUCCAGGAUCAGUAAUAGAUUUGAUGCCUUUGUAGCUUUCACACUUGAAAACCAUGUGAUGACAGCAUAUAGUUUUCUCUCCAAGGUUUAUAACACCAAUGACAAAAUUUACCUUUUUGGAUUCAGGUAUGUUUGUAUAAAGUAUGAUUGUCCUUGGAAGAAAAUGUUCUAA